CAAAAACGCCGGUUGGGCAGCCCAGCCACAAGCCGGCAUCACGGAGGUGCCAGAGCCACAGCGAUUCCCCGGGAGCAAGUCCGACUUCUCAGCCGCGGAGGAGGAGGAGGCGGCAAGCCGGCAGCUUGAGCGGAGGCGUUGCUCGCCUUGAAGGUAGAAGCGCGCAGGAGCCGCGGCUGCCCCUGGGCUGGGCAAGGAAAGCGACCGCCGCUCCUCCUGGCACCAUCCUGGGCCAUGUUGGCAAAGGUGGACCGGGAAGCCGAGCCUCAUCCGUGGAGGAGGAGAAAGAGAAGGUUCGGCGAGGAAGCAGUGUUGACAUCUCGCACGCUCAGCUUCUCCAGCUGGGAAGGAAACUGAGCGACUGGACCCACUCCGGGGCAGGUGGCGUUUGUUAACUGCUGCGCCCGAGGCUCGCUCCGCUUUUCGCGGGGAACUUUGCCCGCUGAGUUGGGCGACAAGAAGAAUCCUGAAUCCUUCGCUGUUUCCCCGACGGGAAAAGCCUACUCGAGAGGAGUGGACAAGGCCGGGAGAAAACGGCAAUAGGAGCCAUACGGUGUGUCACUGCCGCCGCCACCCCCCCCCCCUACGAUUUCAGCGCCGCGGAGAGAAGGGUGUGUGUGUGUGUCCGAGGCAGACGGGUUUGCGUCUGGCUUAGAAAGCGCAAGCUGUUGUGGUUGUGCUUUAUUAGCCCACAAAGGUGAACGGUCCGUACCUGCCAGCCCGCUUCUUCACGCCCUGUCAGGGGCAGCGGCUUCUUGGUUUGGCUUUUCCGCACCUCCAGGAUGCCUGAUGAAGACUUAACCUUUGGUGUAAGCCACCCUCUUUAGCAGCUCGUUGAAGACAAAGACUAGUCUGCUUUUCUUUCACCUUUGAUCCGAGUGGAAUAAAAAUUGCCGAUCAGAAGGAGUUAUUUGGUUUCCCCUUUGCUGUGCUUGAAGUUACUUACGUUCAUCUCUUUUUUUAUCAUUUGCACUCUGACAUCCAAGACACUGGAGCAGCCAUGGGCUGCUUCUGUGCAGUGCCUGAGGAAUUUUAUUGCGAAGUUCUGCUUCUGGAUGAAUCCAAAUUAACCUUAACCACACAGCACCAAGGGAUAAAGAAAUCAACGAAAGGAUCGGUUGUCCUAGGCUACGUAUUCCGGCAUUUAAACCUCAUUGAGAUAGAUUAUUUUGGACUGCGGUACUGUGACAGAAGUCACCAGACGUUCUGGUUGGAUCCUACAAAAACUCUUGCAGAGCAUAAGGAACUGAUAAAUACUGGUCCACCUUACACAUUGUAUUUUGGUGUUAAAUACUAUGCAGAAGAUCCGUGCAGACUAAAAGAAGAAAUCACCAGGUAUCAGUUCUUUUUGCAAGUAAAGCAAGAUGUCUUACAAGGGCGUUUGCCUUGUCCUGUCAACAUUGCUGCUCAGUUGGGAGCUUAUGCAAUACAGGCUGAACUUGGAGACUAUGAUCCAUGCAAGAACACUGCAGGUUAUGUUUCAGAGUACCGUUUUGUUCCUGACCAAAAAGAAGAAUUAGAAGAUGCCAUAGAACAAAUACACAAAACUCUGACGAGCCAAGUUCCGGCUGAGGCAGAACUGAAUUACUUAGGAGUAGCAAAGACACUUGAAAUGUAUGGAGUGGAUCUUUAUCCUGUCUAUGGUGAAAACAAAUCUGAAUAUUUUCUGGGACUGAAGCCUAUAGGAGUAGUUGUUUAUAAGAAUAAAAAGCAAGUAGGAAAGUAUUUUUGGCCUAGAAUUACCAGGGUCCACUUCAAAGAAACUCACUUUGAACUUAGAGUUUUGGGAAAAGAUUGUAAUGAAACUUCCUUCUUUUUUGAAGCACACAGCAAAACUGCAUGCAAGCAUUUAUGGAAAUGCUGUGUAGAACAGCACACAUUCUUCAGAAUGCCAGAAAAUGAAUCUAAUUCUCUGUCAAGAAAACUUGGCAAACUUGGAUCUCUUGGUUAUAAACAUCGAUACAGUGGGAAGACAGCUUUGCAGAUGUAUAAAGAUAUUUCUGUCCAGCUUCCUCGACCCAACCAAACAGUUGAAAGAAGUCGUAGUAAGACAUAUCCAAAAAGAACAUCAAAAGUGCAACAAUUUGGGUCACAUUGCACAAGCCAGGUUAUUACAUUCAAAGAAUCUGGGGAAAAUGAAGGAAGAACCAAAAUUAUUGCUCCAUCACCAAUUAAAAGUUUUAAAAAGUCAAGAAAUGAAAGCAGCCCAGAAACCCAAAGAAGUAAAACCAGUGCACCAUGGGAAGAAAACUGUCCUCAAAUUGGGCUUUAUAAUUCUCCUAGUGACCGAACUAGAUCACCAAAGUUUCCUCAUUCACGACGGCAUCCUUCAGGCGGAAGUGAAAAUGAGCCUGUGCAGCCUUUCAGAAGAAGAUCACGAUCCCGUUGCAAUACCAGCAGUGGUAGUGAAUCAGAAAAUUCUAAUAGAGAAUAUAGGAAGAAGAGACACAGGUUCCGACAAGAGAAUGACAUGGUUGAUUCAGCCCCUCAGUGGGAAGCAGUGCUGAGGCGACAAAAGGAAAAAAACCAAGCUGAAUCCACCUAUCGACGUUCCAGGCACAGAUCACGAUCGAGAAGCCCAGAUGUUCAAGCAAAAGAAGAAUUAUGGAAACACAUUCAAAAAGAACUCAUGGAUCCAUCUGGCCUAUCUGAGGACCAACUAAGAGAGAUUCCAUAUACUAAAAUAGAGACUCAAGGUGAUCCUGUUCGCAUUAGACACUCACAUUCUCCUCGAAGCUACCGCCAUUAUCGCCGAUCCCAGUGCUCUGAUGGGGAGAGAUCUGUUCUGUCAGAAGUGAAUGCCAAAGCAGACCUUGUGCCCCCACUCCCGGUUACCCGCUCCUCAGAUGCUCAUUGUCCCACCACUGCAAUAUCUCAGCAACGGCGAAAUGGAUCUAAGGACAGCCUGUUAGAAGAAAAAAUACAAACAUCUAUGAACAAUGUGGACAGAAAACAUAGUGCUAAAACUAUAAAAAUUGUUCCUGCAUCAAGGCUCAAGAUAGAGACCUGAUUUUUAUCACACACAAGACUGUGGAAGAAUGCAAAUCCAAAAUCCAAAUAAACACCUUUAGUUGAGGAUCUUUUUUAAAAAAUUAAGAAAGUAUAAAAUAAUUUAAAGAACAUUCUGGAUUGCUGUGGAGAAGAUGCUGUUUGAAUUUCAGUGAAGAAGAAGACUGCUGCCACCAUGAGAGUAAAACUAAAAUGCAAGUUAUCCAGAUUGUAUUGGAUGUACAGCAUAAAUACAUAAUUUAAAAAUGGAAGCAUCAGUAAAAAAAAAAUUCAAAGUUACAGUGCAUUUUCAAAGGUGCAAUAGUAGAGGUUCUUUAUUAUAAGGGCUGUAAUUCAUAUGCCUAUACUUGCCUAGCAAAUACACUACUCCUUUAUUAUUCAUAACAGUGUUGAAUUUUUUGCUACCUAUUAGAACAUCUUUAAUACAAGGAAUUAAUGAAGAGCAUUAUUCAGUUAUGCAAACCCAGAUGCCCUUUCAAUGAAUUUAUUACUUUAAUUCUUAGUAAAAUAAUGUUUAAAAAUACAAUUCAGAAUAUUGUCUAAGUUAUCAGUAUACUUACUUGGGUUCUCUAAGCACUGAAUAGUAGUAACCAAUAUAGAGAACAUGAUUUUAUUUGAAAUCUAUGGCAGUGUUAUAAAUCUUUUAAACAAGUUGCUAUCAUAUUUGAGUGAAAUGUUAAGCCAGACUCCUUUUUUCUAAAACUUUUCCGCAACAGACCCGAUAGUGAAGUUACUGAAGAAAAAUGACUGAAAUUUUCUUGUUUACUCCUUUGGAGGGGCAUGGAGGGUGAUAGUCAUAUAAUGUCUGCAAUUAAUUUGAUUUCCUACUGAGAAUUAGUAGCUUGCUGAAUGUUGACAGUACAGUUUUGCAGCACUUGGCAAUAGGGAAAAAAAACUUGGAGAACUGUGGAUACCUCAUUCCUUGGGUAUAUUUGCAGUGAUUCUGCUAUUUAAUUUACAAGACUACUUCCAGCAAAAAUGAAUAUGGUUAUUUCCAGAAAGGACUGAAAGAAAUAGUAAAUUAUACAUGUUGUGCAAAAUCUUCCUGAAGUCCUUGUUGGGUAAGAUGAUAAAAAUAACAGAGAACAUUUUCCUAGUUAAUUUCCUUGAAUGGGUGGAUUAGUUGCAUUGUCUUCACAGGAAGAAAAGUGAGCCAAUUUAAACAAAAAAAGGAUCCAAGAGAAAUAAGAUUUAAAAUUUCUGCUACUAUGUGCACUUAUUUACAUUUCUUAACUGCUUUGAUGAUGAGCAUUUAUAAAUACAAUCCAACUGGAAGACAUGUUGAAUGUAGGAGAGAACAUAGAUCUGCCUAUCUAUAAAUUAAUUGUAGAAAGUUCCAUCUGAAAGGGAUAUCAUAAAAUGCUGCCAGAGCAGCAAAUUCAAAAUGACCAUCAAUAAAAGUGCUCCCAAAAUGGUUGCACAAACUCAAUUUUUGAUGUUGUAUGUGUCUCAAGAGUUUUAAGAUUUGAAAAAUACAUCAAUUUUGACAGUGCUGAUUUGAGCAAAAUUACAGUAGGGAAAAUACAUGAAAUGGAUUUGCCAUUGCUUUCUCCUAUUAAAUACGAUUUAAUUCAUUUU